AGAAAGGAUUUUUUCGCGAGUGAUUGGUCGAAAUUGGAAAGGAGAAGAUCGCGAACCGUACUUCGAGAAUGGAAUUACUACUUAUUAGUUAUUAGUGGUAGCUUUUAAUAAAUAAGAAAUACUCAAUUAUUUUCGCGGCCUCUCGUUCGGCAUUUUCAUGUCGCAUUUCCAGUGAAAUCGCACCAAAAUCACCGAAAUUCCCGCGAUGCCCUCUUUGAAGUGUUCAUAGUGUUGUGUUUCCAAGCUGGCUAGAGCCAGCUUUUGUCUGUGUUUUUCAUUCUGAGUGCAAAUAAAAAGUGAUGUGAUUGCCCUCUUCGCUCGGACAAUGCUAGCAGCUCAUGGAGUCUCUUUAUUUUUGAUCCUGUUUCUACCUUACAUUCAUUGUGCUAAGCGGUUGAACGAGUACAUCAGUCACUAUGAAGAGCUCUCGUACGACACGAGGGCCGUCGCGCAGUCGCACCACAGGGCGCGGCGAUCGGUGACCCGCGGGGAUGCAGGGGCCGGGGUGCUGGAGCUGAGGAUGGACGGCCACGGACGGAAGUUCCACCUGCGGCUCCGCAGGGACGUCGCGACUUUUUCCGACGAUCUCGUCGUCGAGGACUCGGCCGGCAAUGCCGUCCCCUCGCACCACAAGGACCACACCGCCCACAUCUACCACGGACACAUCGCAGGUGAACCUGACAGUCAUGUGUUUGGUUCAAUCUUGGAUGGAGUUUUUGAGGGCAAAAUCAUAUCGUCCAAUGGAGAUGCCUACUACAUCGAGAAAACAUCUAGGUAUUUCCCGCAAGACCAUAACAACACAUUUCAUUCAAUCAUAUAUAAAGAAUCAGAUGUAGAAGAUCCAUAUCAACACGUUAGAGAGGGUCACCCGUCAGGCUGUGGGGUCACAGAGUCAGUGGCACAGUGGAUGUCCUCUGUGCAGAACAGCGCAGUGGAAGAAGAAGAAGACUUUGAUGACACCAGCGACAUGCUGUCGAAUCCAAACCGCAAACCAGCAGGGAGGGACGACAUUACCAGCAAUGCUAUUCCUCAGUCAUCAGACUCGGAGGACAAGUGGGAAUCACCCCUGAAUAAAUACUCAAAGGAGGCCAACCACUACCGCUCCAAAAGGGCCACUCGCCCGAAGGAAGAAAAUAGAAAUACUUGCUCACUCUUCAUUCAAACAGAUCCUUUGAUCUGGAGGCACAUCUCAGAGCAGGUGAAUUAUGAUGCUGAAAAAACCAGGGAGGAGAUUCUUUCUCUCAUAGCACAUCAUGUUACCGCUGUGAAUUACAUUUAUAGGGAUACAAAAUUUGAUGGGCGCUAUGAGCAUCGUAAUAUCAAAUUUGAAGUGCAACGAAUUAAGAUUGACGAUGACUCGCCAUGCCAGCCAAUGUAUAGAGGAGAACCGAAUCCCUUCUGUAUGGAAAACAUUGAUGUCUCAAAUUUUCUGAAUCUCCACUCUCUGGGCAACCAUGAAGAUUUCUGCCUUGCUUAUGUUUUCACCUACAGGGACUUCAACGGUGGCACGCUAGGUCUUGCUUGGGUUGCCAGUGCUACAGGUGCAUCUGGUGGAAUCUGUGAGAAGUACAAAACAUACACUGAGACAGUCGGAGGUUUAUAUCAAUCUACUAAAAGGAGCUUGAAUACGGGUAUCAUCACGUUCGUAAACUACAACAGUAGGGUGCCACCUAAAGUAUCACAGCUCACAUUAGCGCAUGAAAUAGGUCAUAAUUUUGGAUCACCGCAUGACUAUCCUCUCGACUGUCGGCCUGGAGGUCUAUAUGGCAAUUAUAUCAUGUUUGCCUCAGCAACAAGUGGUGACCGUCCUAAUAAUAGUAAAUUUUCAUCUUGUAGUAUCGGGAACAUUAGUAGUGUUCUAGAUGCAAUUGAGGAUAAGAAGAAAAGAAACUGCUUCAAAGCGUCUGAGGGUGCUUUCUGUGGGAAUAAAAUUGUUGAAGCCGGAGAGGAAUGCGAUUGCGGCUAUGAUUACAAUGAGUGCAAUGAUAGGUGCUGCUAUCCAAGAAUAUUGAAUGAACACGAUAGAGAAAAUACUACUGCAAAGGGGUGUGGCCGACGGAUUAACACAGAGUGUAGUCCCUCGCAAGGACCGUGUUGUUACAGUAAUACUUGCAAGUUUAUUCCUAUAUCGCACAGCGUGCAAUGCAAGUCAGAAUCGGAUUGCAGCUGGAGCUCAACGUGCUCUGGUCGUUCUCCGGAGUGUCCGCCACCACCCCCGAAAGCUAACAAAACUCGCUGCAACGAAGGCACUCAGCUGUGCAUCAACGGUGAGUGCACCGGGUCAAUAUGUCUUGAGUGGGGACUGCAUGAGUGUUUCUUGACGUCUCAUAUCAUCCCCAACAUCGACAAACGCAAACUGUGUGAGCUAGCCUGCAUGAACGGGACCAAUCCGGACACUUGCCGGUCAACCUCCGAGUUUGCUGCAGCUGUAGGUUUACCACCAGGCGGAAUCAGUCUCCGACCUGGAUCUCCGUGUGAUAAUUUUCAGGGUUACUGUGAUGUAUUUUAUAAAUGCCGUGCUGUUGACGCAGAGGGCCCUCUAGCAAGACUGAAAAAUAUGUUAUUAAAUAGAGAAACUCUUAAUAUAGUUCGCUCUUGGGUCACUGAGAACUGGUGGGCAUGUUUACUUAUGAGUAUUGCGUUUGUGAUUGUGAUGGGUAUUUUCAUCAAAUGCUGCGCAGUCCACACGCCCUCUUCAAAUCCAAAGAAACCUCCUGCAAGGCGGUUCAGUGAAACUCUCCGAAGACCGAUCUCAACGCUUCGGAGGAUGCAUCGACCACACUUCCAUCACGCACACAGGCACGGUGGAAGCAGUGGCGGGCAUCGAUCUGGUGCUCAAAGUAGUAGACACAGCCACGGUGAAAGCCGCUUACAUCACUACGCACCCAAAGCAACGGCGCCUCCUGUAAAUAGUAGACCAGAAUUGUACGCUGGUGCAUAUAGUAGUGAUCGGAAUGCUUUCAACAUGCGACAGCAUAAGGUCUGAUUUGUGUGAUAUAAUUUAUUAGAGCUACAACAAGUACAUUUGAUAGGAAAAUUGUUAGGUUAUUCAAUUUGAGAUUAUGUUUUCCACAACUGGGGAAAUCUGCAAUUACUGCCAUCAUAGUGUGUGCGUUUGUGUGUGCGCGUGUUUUAACUAUGUUCAUUUUUUCUAUUUUUUACCUUUUUCCUUUCCACAUUAUCACAACUGUGAGAUCCUGUUGAAAGCUCAGUUGUCAAAAUGAUACAUGUGCAAUGUACUUGAAAUUGAAUGCCUGUCAUUUUACAUCAUUUUUGCAUCUGAAGCCUCCUUUUCUCGGCCUCAGAGCAUAAUGCCGUGUUGUCAUUCUCAUGAUUAAAUCAAGUAUAGAAUUCAUGUCAUAUCAUCAGCGAAAAUAAGCGAAUUUUAUUUGAGUUUGAAACUUCCGGUUCGGGAACUGACGAAUUACAACGUUGGUGCGUAAUGUUGGUACUGCCUCACAAAGUGGUUCUGAAAAAGGUUCAAUCCAUGGAAAACCAAUGGGUCUGAAUGGUCAUAUCUGUCGGCAACAGUGUAGGUUGAAUUGGGCAGAACUUUCUUGAGAGGUUCGGAACCUUAAAUAAAAUUUGCUUAAUAUCAAGAGAUGAAAACUGGACUCAAAAGCACCCAACAAGAUGAUUUUGAAACUGAAAAUUAUGCUUUGCUAGGUUUCGAAUUUCUGGUAGUACUUUAUUCUUUAAUUUGAAAAUAAUUCAACAUCACCCCUGAAAAACCCUCUUAAUUUUCUUUUCCUUGUUGAAAAAUGCUGUGUAAAAAUUUCAAGCAAUGAGCCGGGCUCUCUCUUCUGUAAAAGGAUCAAAUUUUGACGGAUAGUUCUAUAUUCCCUGAAGUUAAGAUUCAUGUCUUUCUUAUUUAUAUUUAAUCAUGGGAGAAGAAUUUUCUCAUUGAAUUCUAAAUCUUUGAAAACAGUUGAACAGCUAUGUCUUGCAUCUGGCUUGCAGCAUUUAUCAGAAUUCAAUGUUCUUCUCUGUGUUUUAUAAUUUUAAAGCAUUUAUACUCAUUCCUUGAACCACUCUCUUAUUUUUUGUACGUCCUCUUCAGACUUCCUUUAUUUUCUACUUAAGUUUUACUUCUAUUUUUGUUCCAUUUUUGCCGCUUGGCCUUUUAAUUUUAUUUGAUUUUCUGUGUACUUUUUUCACUUAAAAAAUUGUAUACUGUUCCAUUAGUUUCAUCGAAGGUUCUUAAAUUUUAAAAAAUACUUAGAGACCCUUGAAGUCUAAAAUUGCUUUAACGAAUUAUGAAUAUAAGGGAUUCACCUUUAAAUUAUUAAUUAGUAUCAAACUGACAUGUGAUGGACUGUGAAUAUCUAAUUGACUUACGAUCAAAGAUUCUCAAUGAAAGAUUUUAUUUUGUGUCAAAUAAGUAUAUCAAUCGCGAUGACCUCUUGUGUUUUUGACCAAUAGUAGCUUUAAUUGAUGAAGAUAUUUCUGCCUCUUUUUUUCUUCUCAUAAUAACUUAGUAGGCCCUUAUUGUUGUCGCAGGAACGAAGGAACGUAUCUUGUCUGUGCUGUUUAGUAUUCAUACAAGCAUUUUAUUCUUCCAUGAGAGAACCAUCGCACAAAUUUUUCUGAAAAUUUGUGUCUUUUCUCAACACGUGAAAAGAAAAAUUACCAACAAUUCCAGGCAAAUUCAUGUGAUGAUUGAUGACUAUC